GUUGUUGUUAGUAGUUUGUGCUACACUAGGCUACAUCAAUUAUCGAUGGACAUAUGUAACAAAUGUUAUUUAUUUCAUUCAGAAGUGGUCACAAAAGGGGGCACUGCCAUUGUAAACGUACUGAAUAUUAACAUCAUGGCUAUGAGGGUUACCAACCAUACCGGCUACUUUAUUUGUGUACAUGGCAAUAGUCACACAGCUGGCGGUUAGUUUUGAAAUUUAAAUUAUGUUCCUGUUUCUUCAUUUGCGUCAUUUCAUUCAGUCACACCUGACACCUUAAGCCCCACCAAAAGAAUGAUCAAGAGUUUGCCCAAAGAAGUUCAAGCACAGCUGCGCUCUGGCGUUGCCAUUUUCUCCUUGCAGCAGUGUGUGGAAGAGCUGAUGUUGAAUAGCAUUGAUGCUGGAGCAACAUGUGUAGCUGUCAAAAUAGACAUAGAGGCCUGCAAGGUGCAGGUGAUAGACAACGGCUCAGGAAUGUGCCAAGAGGACAUGGAUAAAGUAGGAAUCCGGUACAACACAAGCAAAUGUAGCACACUGGAGGAUUUGGAGAAUCUCCGCUUUUAUGGGUUCAGAGGGGAAGCAAUUUCCAGUAUUGUGUCCCUGGCUGAAAUGGUAGAAAUAUCCUCUAGGACUAAGCUGUCUGUGAAAACAUAUGUUAAAGCCUUCAAUGAAGGAAGGGGAUUGGGCGUUUGUGAAGCACAGACUGUUCGUCCAUCUGCGGGGACAACCGUGUCCGUCUACAACCUCUUCCACACCAUGCCAGUAAGAAGAAAGAGAAUGGACCACGUUUUAGAAACUGAGCGAAUCCGUCAGAGAGUUGAAGCCAUAUCGCUAAUGCAGCCAUCUGUGUCAUUUACUGUGAAAAAGGAUAACUCGGCACACAUGAUGGUGCAGCUCUCCAAAACAAGUAGUAGCUAUUACAGGUUUGUUCAGAUUCAUGGGUUGAGUCGAGCUCAAAAGCUUGGAGAGGUCAGUUAUACUCAUGAGCAGUUUGAAAUGACUGGUCAUAUUGGCCGUGAGGGCCAUUACAACAACAGCUUGCAAUUCCUGUUUGUAAAUGGGAGGCUUCUUCUUAAGACACGCAUUCAUAAAAUGCUCAACUGCCUCUUGAAGAGAGUGAGCAGUGCAGCUAGACAAAAUAACACUCCGAAUUUGUCUCCUUUAACAUCAAGCCCUAAACAAAGGGGUGGAACUGAUCUACAUGGAGUCUAUGUGUUAAACAUCAAAUGUCACUACUCUGAGUAUGACAUAUGCCUAGAACCUGCCAAGUCCCUUAUAGAGUUCAAAGACUGGGAUAAUGUUUUCAUCUGCAUUGAGGAAGGGGUAAAAUCAUUCCUCAUUAAGGAAAACUUGGUGACGGAGUUUUCCAUGAAUGACACUGAUCAUUUGGGCAGUAUUUUUGAUAAUCCAACAAGUAGUCCAGGGAGAAAGGUAAAGACCCUUGCAGCAGUACGAAACCUCGAGAACAAUGUUGAGGAUACAAGCAGUACAACACAUGAGGGGUUUGAAGCACUGACUGAGAACAAGGAUAAUGCCAAUGAUUUGGAAGCCUGUGGUGAUGUUCAAAUGCUGGAGCAGGUGUCAUCUAACACUACAAGUUAUUCAGAGGAAGCUAUUCAGGGUGGUGAUUUUCCUGAACAGAUCACUUUAUCAACUGCUACAGAAUUGAAUAACAAUUGCAAAAGCGAUGACAUACUUGAAUGCCAAAAAAAUGCAAACUAUCCUAAUAUGAAUAAUAAUGACUCACCAGUUAGUGUUAACAACAACAAAGUGUCAGGAAGCAAGAGCCAGAUUUCAAUACUGGAUGAAAAAGGGGAACAGGAUAGUUUGCAAAAAUUUAGUUUGCCAAACAAAGUUAAUCCACCAAAGAGAAAUUUGCCAUUAAAUGACACUGAAAGAGACUUGCACGGUUGCCACAGUUUUUAUGGCACCAGUUCAAAGACGGUUAGAACGACACCAUGCCGUAAAUUAACUUUGUCCUUUGAAACCGGCUCUCUCGACAAGUUCAAAAGGUUGUUUGGAAAGAAUGCUGAGAAAAAACAAAAAACAACGAGUGUUUUACAACCACAGUCCUCACCAUGGAACAAGGGAGACAAAAUAGCAUUGGCUGACAAAUGUUCCCAUUUAAAACGUGACAAAGUAGCAUUAAAAUUACCCCAACAUGAACAAUCCCACGAGGUAAGCAGAGAUUCUGAUUUGCUUAUUAGCGCAAACUUGUCUAGCCCAGCUGCGCAAGUUGACUCGCAUUUCAGAGAGAUGUCCAGUGUUGAUCCCGUAUUCAAUGAAUUGGAAAAAACUCCCUUUGGACAUUAUCGGAAUGCACUUAGUGUGAAUAGAGAAAAUUAUGUUUUGUUUGAUUCAGUUUUGAGUGAUUCUUCUAAAGACCUUCAACACUUUGAUGUGAUUGAGGACACACAAAUACUUGCUUCCACUUCAGAAGACUUAAACCUCAACAAAAAUAUGACUUCCUCUUGGGGAAGUUUGAGCUUUGGUGAUGAACCUGGCUUAACUCCUCAGCAUGAUCCUCUGUCACACAACACUGGAAUUGAAGGUCAGACUACAAAUGAAAGCCAUGAAAAUGAUAAAGUGAUCCCAACAUUCAGCAAUUGGCUGGCUCAUUAUGAUAGUUCAUUAGGAAAGCUGGUUUAUAUCAACCAAGUUACAGGGCUCAGCAAAUAUAAUUCUCCAGUGGAGGAGACUCAAAUUGCAUGUACCACAGAUGUUACCAACAUGGCGGUCAGUGUUGUUUCAAAAACAGAGGAUGUCCAGGGUCCCAAUUCACUGUUGACUUUGUUCUCUGAAUGGAUUAACCCAGUGUUCAUACGACCACCAGAGGUAGCUGUGGAUGUGACCAGCGGUCAAGCAGAGGGCCUUGCUGUAAAAAUCCACAACAUUCUUUUCCCCUACCGGUUUACCAAGAAUAUGAUCCACACAAUGAGAGUCAUCAAUCAAGUGGACAAGAAGUUUAUUGCUUGUUUGAUUAACACAACGGAGGAAGACACCUCGGAAAGCAGUGAAAAUGAAGGAAAUCUUCUUGUGUUGGUUGAUCAACAUGCUGCCCAUGAAAGAGUUCGACUGGAAGGGUUGGUAACAGACUCCUUUGAGGAUGACCCAGACACACCUGGAAAAAAGAGGCUGUGUUCCUCAAGUGUAACUCCACCCUUGGAGAUUAGUGUAACAGAGGAGGAAAUGAGACUUCUGAGGUCUUGUCAGGCAUUUUUGAGGGAUAUUGCUUUAGACGUAAGCUUCCCAAAGAGCGACUCAUUGAAUGUGUCAUUGGAGAGACUUCCCAAGUGUUUCACAGAGAAAGAAAGCAUAGAGCUUCGCCGUGGAAGGCGGUCGGUAAUUAAAACCAUUGCAGAGGACUACCUGCGAGAACACAUUGAGCUUCUGCGCUCAACAGGAAGAGUGAGUGGAACGUUGCCUUUAACGGUUCAUAAUGUGCUCGCCUCACAAGCGUGUCAUGGAGCGAUUAAGUUCAAUCACAUAUUGAGUAAAGAGGAGUGUUGUAGUCUGGUGAGCUCGCUCUCCUCGUGUCAGCUUCCCUUUCAGUGUGCCCAUGGAAGACCUUCCAUUGUCCCUCUGGCAGAUCUUCACCACUUAGAAGAUCAACAUGAUCCUCCUAAACCAAAUCUGAAGAAAUUGAGAAGGAUGUACAAGUCAUGGCAGCUCUAUGGACAAGCUAAACCUCUGUCACAAAACAAAGCAUGAAAUUAUAAAUGAAGAUCUCCUGUACUUCAAUUUUUAUUAAAUUACUUAAAUUAUUUACUUUAAUAGAGAUUGUUUCCUUCUCUGUAUUUUAAUUUAUAUUAAAUGU